ACUGAUACGUCAGGACUUUAUAACCGGGGGCGUAGCCAGAAUGUUUUUCAAUACGGUGGCCAGGGUGACACUUUAUUUAUCACACUAUUAACAGUCACGGUUUUAUGAAAUAAAAAUCACAUCAAUCCAGAAGACUGGCCAUCAUACUCCUAAUCAAACAGGAGCAAGUAGAAUUUCCUAGAGAAUGCUAUUUUUGCACACUAGAUGUAAAAUAAAACAGCAACACAUGUUUUUUCAUCGUGCAAUGUUUUAUUAUGUGUUAAAACCAAACGAUGGAGCUGAAGUCGUCCAGUUUGUGACUGCAGAUGCAAAUUUGGGGGCGGCUCCAAUCUUGUAUGCGCCUCCUCCUCGCUCGUCACUUGGAUGAUGUUUCAGCAGUGAUUUUCUGGUCUUCAAGCUUCCCCAGCAGCUGUUGAUCCAGUCGGAGUGCUCACAAUUCGAAUUCUUUUCAACGCGCGUAAAAGCGCUCGCUCGGUUGUUGUGCGUCAUCUGUGCGUUUUCGCUGUGUGCAGCCUUUCUGACCUUUUAGCGGACGGGCCGUUUGGACGCGCGUCAGUGCUUGUUUGCCGAGGAUGCUGCAGCCUUGACUUGGUCAGCCUCACCGAGCAGAACCCGGCGCGCCAUGUAAGCAACCAACUCAGGUCUGCAAACGCUGUGGAAGAAAAAGCAGGUGUGGUGUGCUCUGACCCACUUCUGACCGAGGGAGGAUGCAAAAAUACAGCCACAGUUGCUUGGUGACUUGGCUCUGAGAUUGCAGCCUUUCCGGAGAGUUCUAAUGCUGGAUGAUGUCGAAGGGAGUCUGCUAUUUGUUCUCCACAAAUAAUUGAAGAAAUGUCCAUGAAGCGUGUUCAUCCAGGGGCGGGACCACAGCACGCUUAACCUCUGAGCCGAGCUUCAGUUCACCGUGAAACUUCCAGUUCCCCAGGGACACUCUUCUGAUAGUUUGAUGGAGAGCUGGUCGGAUGACAGCUGGAACUGUUGUCAUAACUGGAGGAAUACUGGCCACAGUGAUACUUCUGUGUAUCAUCGCUGUGCUCUGUUACUGUCGACUCCAGUACUACUGCUGUAAGAAGAAUGGCUCAGACAGCGGCUCCAACUCUCUGCAACACUUUGAAUGCAACACCUGCAGCAUCUCCGGCUUGGAUGGGACCUUCAGCACCCCGCUGUCACUUUCACCCCUGCAGCCACCUCCGACGUCCAAAGCCAGGAAAGCCGCAGCGGGGCGCGGCCGCUACUGCCCCUCCUGCUCCCCGUACGACUCGCCCUUCUUCAUCCGGAGCGCUAAUGAGAUGCGCAACGGCGGCGAGCGCGUCACUUACAUGCCCACGCACUACGAGAACCAGGCGCUGGUCAUGCCGCUGCCCGUCGUGGAAGGAUCCCUGCUGAGGGAAGCUCCGCGGAGCAGAGCACCUGAUUUCUACACCAACACUCGAGCCAUCAGCACACAAGUGUGACACUGCGGCCAGAAGCGCAGGAUUCUUUUUUAUUAUGGUGGAUUCAUUGAUUGUACUAACUUUAUUUUACGUGCAGUGUAUGUUUGUAAACGACACUGUCAUGUGACUGUUAAUUGACUUCAUUGAGCGAGGGCUAUCUGACCUAGCGUUUACAUAUCUGCCCAAAACAUCAUCCUACCUACCUACCUACAGUCUACAUUUUCUGGAUCUUACGUAUCAGUGCAUGGUGACAUUUAAAAGCGUUUCUGUCUCUAUGCAAGAUGAUUUAAGACUCACUGGUGAUGUCAUUAUCUUAGCUUAUUGCCACAUCAUCAGGAGUAUGUGAGCUGCAGUAAAGAGUGAAUCACUGGUUUGCUUGGUGAAUUACUGAGCUUCCAUUUUGUGUCCCUAUGUGUGUAUUUGAAAGAAGAUUGGAGUCUUUUUAGCUUCAAGUCAUUUUUUAGAUGACAACAUAAGUGAAGGAAGCAACCACAUCAGUAGAUGACAUUUCUUUUACGUCAUGGUGUAAUUUUUCUGCUGAAUAUUACUUGCCAUUAGUCUUUACUAGCAAUGCAAAAAGUUUUACAACAAAGAUAUUUGUGUUUUCAGAUGGACGUGUUUCGACGAGGAGAGUAACUUCUUUUUUCUCUUCUGCUAUUACUCUCAUGUUGAUGUUGAACACAGUGCUGUAAUUUCUUGUCACAUGGUGAGAACACCCACUUUUUAGAUGCCAUCUUCGUUUGUGAUCAACAAUCUUUCUGUGGUAUAUACAAUUUUGGAGUAUACCAUUUUUUUUCAGAAUACACAACCUCCUCAGUCAAAAAAUGACACCGUUGAUAACAGCAGCUUUGUUUUUGCGUAGCUUCAUCCAUAUUUA